CAGGAGAAUUGCAGAACUCAUUGCUUUUGUGUAUUGAGAAAACAACAUGGCCGGGAUGUCUUGGAUAGAAAAUACUUUUCAUAAAAGGGAUUGUGUUCAAAUAAUACCAAGUACAAGGGAACCCCACAGGUGCCUUCCAGGAUGCCAGAUUUGUCAGCAGCUUGUCAGGUGCUGCUGUGGUCGUUUUUUAAAGCAACAUUCUUUUUUCACUGAAAAUCCUGCUAUCAGCCUCUCACAAGAUCAUGUGUAUAGAAGUGGGUAUGAAGACUCUGAACGAUGGACGGCAGAAGAGACAUACAGUGAAAGCUCAACAAAUGCUUAUGGUACCAUUAACUUUUCAUGGUGGAUCAAAUGGAUUGCAUUGCUAAGGUGGGGCCAAUAUAAGGCCUUGAUAUUAUUAUUAUCGUAUAUAAGAUUGUCAGAUGAUAGUAAUGUUGAAGAUAUUCUUCAGCUCAUGCUGAAAGAAUGGAGAAUGAAACUUCCAAAACUUGUAAUCUCUGUGCAUGGAGGAACACAGAAGUUUGAACUUCAUCCUUGUGUUAAAGAAGCUCUUAGUAAAGGAUUUGUAAAAGCUGCAAUGACAACGGGAGCCUGGAUAUUAACUGGAGGGAUAAAUAAUGGAGUAGCAGCACAUAUUGGAGAUGCCCUAAAAGAACAUGCUUCCCGGUUAUCUCAUAAGGUUUACACAAUUGGAAUUGCUCCAUGGGGCAUUAUUGAAGGCAGAAAUGAUCUUAUUGGAAAGAAUGUUGAUGCGCCAUAUCAAACUUUGCUAAACCCUUUAAGUAAACUUCAUGUGCUGAAUAGUCUCCAUUCCCACUUCAUACUAGUGGAUGAUGGAACAACUGGAAAACAUGGAGGAGAAACCCAGAUUCGAAGAGAACUGGAAAGCAAACUGAGUCUACACCAAAUCCAUGCACGAACGGGCAAACGUAUACCCCUGGUGGCUUUUAUAUUAGAGGGAGGUCCUAACACCGUGCUGACAGUACUGGAGUAUCUUCAUCAAAGGCCUCCAGUGCCAGUUGUGGUCUGUGAGGGAAGUGGACGUGCAGCUGACCUUCUGGCAUUUGUUCACAAACAAACAGAUUUUAAAGGAAAUCUCCCAGAUGGCACAGAAGCUGAAAUCAUUGCCAGUAUUAAAAAGACUUUCAACCUCAAUAAAAGUGACACAAUGCAUUUAUUUCAAAUGCUGAUGGCUUGCAUGGAAAUUAAAGAACUUAUUACUGUAUUUCAUGUUGAGUCUGAAAAAUAUCAGGAUAUUGAUGUUGCAAUACUGACAGCAUUGUUAAAAGGCACCAACUCUUCUCCUGUUGACCAGCUUGCCCUGGCAAUAGCAUGGAACAGGCCUGACAUUGCAAAAAAUCAUAUCUUUAUACAUGGACAACAGUGGCAAUGUGGCCCUUUGGAGCAAGCAAUGCUCGAUGCUCUUGUUAUGGACAGAGUUGAAUUUGUCAAACUUCUGAUAGAAAAUGGAGUAAGCAUGCACAGAUUUCUAACUAUACUGAGAUUGGAGGAGUUAUAUAAUUCUGUUGCAAGUAAUGACACCUUCCUGAACCUCAUCCGGGAUGUUAAGAGCAGACAGUCACAAGUACAAUGGAACCCAACCAAAAAUCUGAAAAAAAAAAUAAUUUUGGGCACAGAAGAGCAAAAAUUAAGACCAUUCCUUUAUCCUUUUAAUGAACUCCUAAUGUGGGCAGUGUUAAUGAAGAGGCAGAAGAUGGCCCUCUUCUUCUGGCAACAUGGAGAAGAGUCUAUGGCUAAAGCUUUAGUAGCCAGAAAGUUAUAUCGCUCAAUGUGCCAUGAAACACAGCAGAGUGAUGUCAUCGAUGACACACCAGAGAAACUGAAAGAAUAUUCCAAAGAGUUUGGAGAGUUAGCAGUAGACCUUCUUGAUCAUUGUUUUAAGCAGAAUGAGCGAAUGGCAAUGAAAGUACUGACUUCUGAGCUGAGCAAUUGGAGCAAUUCUACCUGCCUUAAGCUGGCAGUUUCUGCUAGGCUCCGACCGUUUGUGGCUCACACGUGUACCCAAAUGCUGCUCUCCGAUAUGUGGAUGGGGAGGCUGAACAUGAGAAAACAUUCCUGGUUCAAGGUGAUUUUAGGCAUUUUAAUCCCACCAAUCAUAACUUUAUUGGAGUUCAAGACCAAGGCACAAAUGUCUCACAUCCCACAAUCUCAAGAAGAGCAUCAAAUGGCAGUGGAUAAUAAAGCUGAACCUAAAAGCACAUUACAAGGCGUACCUCUGGGAGUUUUUAAAGAAACCCCAUCUUCUAAUGAUAACGGAGUAAUUUUUUCUGAAACAGAGAAUGAAACAAAACCAAGGCAUCUUCCUCUUGUACGAAAAUUCCAUGCGUUCUAUCAUGCUCCCAUUGUGAAGUUUUGGUUCAACACAUUGGCUUACUUGGCAUUUCUUAUGCUUUACACAUUUGUUGUCCUGGUAAAAAUGGAGAGUUUUCCACCUGCACAAGAAUGGAUAGUAAUCUCUGUCAUCAUCACGACAGGUGUGGAGAAAAUACGAGAGAUUUUCAUAUCAGAGGCUGGAAAAAUCCCUCAGAAACUAAAAGUGUGGUUCAGCAGUUAUAUGAAUAUAAAUGACACUGUUGCCAUAAUUACAUUCCUGGUUGGUUUUGGUUUAAGAAUGGGCUCCGGGCGGCUAGUGGACGAUAAUACUUCCUAUGACAAUAACAUUUUUAUUGCUGGAAGACUAAUAUACUGCCUUAAUAUUAUUUUUUGGCUUGUAAGGUUGUUGGAUAUCUUAAAUGUGAAUCAAGACGCUGGUCCCUAUGUUUUAAUGAUUGGAAAAAUGGUGUCAAAAAUGUUUUAUAUUGUUGUCAUCAUGGGGCUUGUAGUCAUUUGCUUCGGUGUGCCAAGAAAAGCAAUUCUUUAUCCUCAUGCGGAACCUUCAUGGACUCUUGCUAAAGAUAUAGUAUUUCAGCCAUAUUGGAUGACAUUUGGUGAAGUGUAUGCAUAUGAAAUAAAUGUAUGUGCCAAUGACUCUGUUGUUCCGCAUCUCUGUGGCCCUGGAACGUGGAUAACUCCUUUUCUACAGGCUGUGUAUCUGUUUGUACAGUACAUUAUUAUGGUGAAUCUUCUCAUUGCAUUUUUCAAUCAUGUAUAUAUGCAAGGAAAAGCAAUGUCAAACACCUUGUGGAAGUUCCAGCGUUAUCAUUUCAUCAUGGUUUACCAUAACAAGCCUGUCUUGCCUCCACCAUUAAUUGUCUUCAGCCAUGUCAUGUCCUUCAUCUCAUGGAUCUGUAUACACAAUAAGAAGACCAAACUAAGGGGACCAAAACUAUUUUUAACAGAGGAAGAUCUAAAGAGACUUCAUGACUUUGAAGAGAAUUGUUUGGAGAUUUAUUUCAAUGACAAAAAAGACUGGAAUGACUCUCAGAGUAGUGAAAGAAUCCGGGUAACAUCUGAAAGAGUGGAGCACAUGUUCAAUGAGUUGGGAAAAGUUGUAGACCAUGUCAGUAUCAUCAAACGCUCAUUACACUCUUUAGAUGACCACAUUGGACAUCUGCAAGAUCUUUCCAGCCUUACCUAUGAUACCCUGAAGAAACUGACUGCAGAAAAAGCAUUGGCAACAAGCAGGAGCCACAGUGUUAUGUCCUGUGACUUAAGCCUUUCAAGAUAUACCUCUGAUGAUGGACUUGGACGUUCAACUAUUUGGAAAAAAAACAGUGACCUUUUUUGGGGUCCUUCUUUUUCUCAUUCCAGUCUAGAAAAAGUUAAUAAUCCACAAGCUACUAAAUCACAGAGAAAAUAUGCAGAUGCAGGUUUUAUAGACAGUGCUCUGUUUCAGAGAGCUGAUUCUCUUCCAGAAUUCCAACAAACUGCUGCUGGUGAUGAAAACCCCAAAUCACAAGAGUCUAUGCAAAAUUCAAACCCCAUAAUAACACAAAGUGACUCACAUUCUUUAACAGUGACACCUUCCUCUGAAGUUGUUACCCCUCCUUAUAAUAAUUUUGCUAAUACCAGCAAAGGAGAUGGUUUUGUUAAUGCUGGAUUUAUAGAUGAUACUGGCAAUAGUACUGAUACAUAUGAAAACAGUAGCAAAGAAGCUGAAGCCCAAAAUCAAUUGGCUGAAGCAGAAAUUGAAAGAGAAGCCAAUCAUAAAUCAGUAAAUAGGGCAAUGACCUGUAAUGAAACUAAUCAGAAAAUAAACAGAAGCGAGGAUCCUGCAGAAAAGAUAGCCCCAGCUUUAAUUAAUAAUAAAUAUACAGACAUCUUACAGAAACUGUGGAACCUAUCUAAACACUCAGAAAGCAAGCCACACUUGGAAAAACAGAUAGCAAUUGAAAUAAAUCCCACGCGCACCAAGACAUCUAAUGAAGGUGAAAAUAAAUUAAUAAGGGCGAAUUCCUGCACUGAAUUAACAGGAUGUCAAAUUACACAUCCAUUUCCAUCGCAAGGUUACUUACGAAUGGAUAGCAGUGCAUCUUAUGAUGAUGGGUAUCAUGUAGACUCCAAGGCUGCUUUACUAACGGAACCACAUUACAGCAGACAUUCUUCAACCCAUAACAAAUCGCCACUUCAGAAAGAAGCAUUCAGUGCCUUUGGCUCUCAUUUCAUACCAUCCAUGGACAACACUUUUUACUACUCAGCUAUUGAACGAAACAACUUAUUUCGGCUGUCCCAGAAUAUUCAGUUUACACCUCUGCCUCCAAAAGGAGAAUUGGUCACCGUCUUCCAGCUGGAAGAGAGCUCCCCGCACAUUAUGAAUAACAGCAUGUCUUCCUGGUCACAACAAGGAGUUUUUGCAAAGAUUGAAUUUCUUGGCAGGGAGGAGAUGGGAGGAGGGCUCAGGCGUGCAGUGAAAGUUGCAUGUACAUGGUCUGAGUAUGACAUCCUCAAACCUGGGAAAUUUUAUAUCCUCAAGUCUUUCCUCCCUGAGGUUGUGAAUACUUGGUCAGCAAUAUAUAAAGAAGAUACUGUGUUACAGCUCUGCCUUAGAGAAAUUCAGCAACAACGAGCAGCUCAAAAACUUUUAUUUGCAUUCAAUCAAAUGAAGCCGAAAUCAAUCCCUUAUUCUCCUAAGUUUCUGGAAGUGUUCCUCUUGUACUGUCAUUCAGCUAAUCAAUGGUUUACAGUAGAAGAAUGUAUGGUCGGAAAGUUUCGGAAAUAUAACAACAAUACUGGGAAUGAAAAUGUUCCCACAAACAAACUAGAGAAGACCAUGCUGGCGUUCAGUCACUGGACAUAUGAGUAUACAAGAGGGGAAUAUUUGGUUCUUGAUUUACAAGGAGUUGGUGAAAAUUUGACUGAUCCCUCAGUUAUAAAAGCUGGAGAAAGAAGAUCAAAAGAUAUGGUCUUUGGACCAGCAAACUUGGGAGAUGAUGCCAUCAAAAACUUCUGUUCAAUGCACCAAUGUAACUCCUGCUGCAGGAAUCUGAAACUACCUGAGGUGAAAAGGAAUGAUUACACACCCAAUGAAGCUGCGCUCAUGGAGAGACUUCCCUCAUCGAAAUAUCAACUGGCUCCUGCAUAGUACAUUUAACCCACUUACAUUGGGUUGAUUCAUUGACUAUUAUACUAAAAUACUGUGUUCUGUUAUUUCAGAAUGAUUGCAAGUGAUUUGCAAAGUGAAGUAGAGCUCUUCUGAAUGUAUGAACUUACUUAACAUUUAAAGUCAGAGUGCAAUAUUUCACUGGAUAUUUGGCAUGGUCUUUUAAAGCUAUGCAAACUCCUUAUUCAGUUUAAUAUAGAAUCCAAUUUGCCAUUGUGUUAACAGGACAUCAUAUAAAGAUAAAGAUCAUUGUCACAGAUUAUCAGAUAAGAUUUAUAGAAGAUUAAGGUGCUUUGCAAUGCUAUCAGUUUAUAGAACCCUAUAAUGAUGCAAUAGUUCCGAUAAUUAAAUAUAAGGUCAAAGUAUGUCAAGUCACAAUGACUGUUUAAAGGGACAGUGAAAUCUAUUUCUUUCUAAUGACACAGUGAG